AUGAGAAAGAGAGCUGCCAGAGGUGUGAAGGAUUCCGCCAAGAAAGCUUAGGGAUUAGUCGGUCUGAAGGGUAAACUUUACGCUAAGGAGAGAUAUAAGGAGAAAAUUAAGAUGAAGAAAAACAUCAAAGCUCACGAAGAGAAGUCAGCCACUGUAACAAAUGAUAAGAAAGUUGAGGAUGGAGCCAUCCCAGCAUAUUUGUUAGACAGAAAUGAAGUGAAUAGGACCAAAGUUUUGAGUAAUAUGAUCAAGUAAAAGAGAAAGGAAAAAGCUGGAAAGUGGAAGGUGCCCAUUGAAAAGGUCAAACCAAUGAGUGAAGAUGAGAUGUUCAAGGUGCUCAGAACUGGUAAGAGAAGAAAGAAGGCUUGGAAGAGAGUUGUUAACAAGGUCACUUUCGUUGAUGAGAACUUUGUCAGAAAGCCACCCAAGUUUGAGAGAUUCAUCAGACCAACUGGUCUUCGUUUCAAGAAAGCUCACGUGACUCACCCAGAACUAAAGACCACAUUUUGCCUUGACAUUCUUGGAGUGAAAAAGAACCCUCAAAGUGCAAUGUAUACAAGUUUAGGAGUUAUUACCAAAGGUACAGUCGUUGAGGUUAACGUAUCGGAACUGGGUCUUGUAACAUAAACAGGUAAAGUGGUAUGGGGCAAGUACGCUCAAGUUACUAAUAAUCCAGAGAACGAUGGAUGUAUUAAUGCAGUACUACUUGUUUGA